AUGGCGUCUCAACAGGACCUCCAAGACCUCAUCCGACUUAUGACGAUUGGCAUGAAAGUCCCGAUGAAAGAUGCCUUGGGUCGAGUCAAGUUAUUACAAGGACAGAACCUUCGUAGUAUUCAGCAGAUAGCGGAGGGACCUCUCGCCGAUGUUACUUCUGCUAUCAAAGACGCCAAAGCUGCGCGAUCACUCCAUAAUGCUUGCAAAGCUCGGAUGAAGAACCCAGCUGGGCCAUCUGCAGCUAAACGACCUGCCUCUGCUCUCGAAAAUGCUGCGAAACGCGCCAAAUACUCAAGUGACACUGGCUUCCUCAAUGAAUCCGAAACGGUUUCUCCACAAGAAUUUGAAUCGUCAUUUAUAUUCCCUGUAGAGACGGAUGAGAAUGUCAUCGCCCAUACUGUAUUAUUGACGAACCGUGCUCCCUUGGUCCUCGCAUUUGCCAUCGAACUCUUACGCUAUACGAUGCCUGAGCAGCCCCCGUCUAGUCGGUUAAGUCUGGCACAAGCAGUAGUGAGUGCUAAUUCGAGAAGUAAAGCUGUUUCUAUCGGUUUAGAGAAAGGCCUCAGCGCAGAUGAACAAGGCUGGGGCCAUGGCCAACCAAGAGUCAAAGUAUUGGGCCGUGAAGUUACGGUAUUGAAAAGGGGCGGAUACGAAUGGAAACAGGAAAGCCCCGAGAAAGAUGUGCCCACCAGCUCUAGUGUUCUAUCAAGUGCUACGGAAACUGGUGUCAGUCAGACCGUAACACCCGAAAUCUCUAAUGGGCCGUCAUGGUCUGUUAGCCAAUCCGUCACUUUAAAAGGGUCGACAUUCAUAGUUCGGGCAACGCAGAUAACGGAACCCUCUCAAAGACAUGUACUGAUGAAGUCUCUUUUCGAGACCAACCCAUCCCUUCAGAGCGCAUCCCACAAUGCUUGGGCGUACCGAAUUCGAGUCCCUACAGGCCUCUUCGGUGCAACUACAAUCAAGGAAGAAUCCUUUGACGAUGGAGAGGCAGGCUGCGGUGAUUUUCUGUUGAAAAAUAUGCGGGAAACAGACGCUGUGGGUACUCUUGUGGUCAUGACCCGGUGGUAUGGAGGGGUUAUGCUCGGUGUUGAUCGGUGGAGGAUAAUGCGAGAUUGCUUAAAGGAUGCUUUGGCCGAGCGACUUCGAGUCACGGGAGAGAAAGCCAUGCUGGGGGGUGAAGCUCUCUGGGGCUUGGACCUCGAGGCUAUGAGAAGCAAGUCUGGAACAUCUAGCUCCGAAACGAGCAGAUCUUAUGGGGCAGGAGUAGUAGGCAUGUCUAUUCACCGACCGGAAACUGCAAGAGCAUACCUUUUCAAGAGUUUUGUUACCCGAGUAGAUGAUUUAAACGGAGAUGGUAACGAAGCUGCCAACAUCGAAGGUCCGGCUGGUGACGAGAGAGAAUUGCCAAAUCCCCAGAAAACCACAAGCAAAGCAACACCGAAAAAGAAAACCGCACAUGUAUUCGAACAAGAAAGAGAGGAGAAUGUCUCCCGGCUGCUCGGUGCCAUAAAACUCCUUUAUGAUAGCUGGGCGCCUCACCUCAGCAUCAGCGAGCUCGACCGACGAGCCUGGGGAUGGUAUAUUGCAACACGACCAAAUGUAGACAGUGGCCCUUCUGGCUGGGGAGCAAAGGGGCACCUGAAACUUGCUGAUAUACUGGCCCUACGGCGAAAGCAAUGA